AUGGCGAAGGCGAAACCCCACCUAAUCUUCGCAUACGGCACAUUGAAACGAGGAUUCCCCAACCAACCUUUAAUGGAAGAUCUAAAAAACAAAGACGACGUCGUUUUUGUGGAUACCUACUACACGGAGAAACCGUAUCCUCUUGUGUGUGGACCCCACGGGAUACCGUACUUAAUCAAUUUACCCGGGUCGGGUAAUCGGGUUAAGGGAGAGGUUUACGCGGUGUCGGACGACGCGGUGGUUAGGCUAGACGAAUUCGAAGGAGUGCGAAAUGGUUAUUACGAACGGAUUCCGGUGGUGGUUGUGACGGAGGGUGGGGAGAGUGUGGAGGCGGAAGCUUAUUUGGCGCAUAAAAGUUUUGGGGAGAUUUUAUGGAAAAUGAAGGGAGAGGUAGGAUUGGCGGAGUAUGGGGAGAAAGAAGCGAGGGAUUAUGUGAGGAAAGAGAAUAGACCUCAUGGUAGAAACACUGUCCUUGACCUUGUAAACCGUUAG